GAAAAACAGCAUAUGAUUGUGUAUGUUGGUGAUUGUCGGCAGUUCUUCGUUUCUUUUCAACGUUGGAAUAAUUUCAUUUCUACUAGUUUUUGUGACAAGUCGACCAAUUACUGAAAUUCAACAGAAAGAGAAAACGAAUUUGGAUAAACUUUUUGAAAUUUUGAAUAUUACUGAUAAUUAUGAAUCUUUUGAUGUGGUUGGAGGACCUGAAAAAGAGAAUAAUGUUACACUAGAGAAGGAGAAGCCAAAACAAAAACUAAUCGACCCAUCAACAUUUAUAACCUUGAAAGAAAAUGAUUGGCGAGAUGCUCAUGAAGGUCGAAUGAUCAUUUGGAGUCAUGAAUCACAACAUCAUCCAGAUUAUGGAAAAACUUUCACUGAUAAAGAUAGGUAUACUUAUCGCCAAUCAAAAUCCUCUCAACUAAUGUCAUUUUCAAUACUUGGGUCUGUAAUCGGGUUUAUACUGUACACAUAUUUCUCGCAUGUGAUUAUGAUGCGAAAGCUGAAUCGAGAAAGAGAAGCGGCGCGGCUCAGAGAGCUUGUACAUAGAUCUGCUCUAAUAAUGGCUGGUUCAGCACAUCAAAACGAGUACGACUUUUCGCAACGACGGCAUUCACUUAUCAACAUGUUCAAGGCGUUUAAAUUGUAAACAAUCUUGUGAUGCAGCAUUGCUCCAAUGAUAAUUUGGGUAUUUCAUAGGGUGUUAUUUUGCAUCUGUUUAUCUAUGAAGAAGCUGAAAACUGGAAUUAUCAUUAGAGCAAGUUCGCAAGCAGACCAGCACACAAAAUAAUGCAACAGAAUUUGGUUCCCAAAGAGCUCAAUAAAGUUUACUUUUCACAAAUGCUUCAAUUUCCGUUUCUUCCAUUUAAAUUGUUCUGAUGUUAUAGCUUCUCGCACUUUCCCUCCAUUUCAAUUUCCCGCCUAUUUUCUACCCUCAAAAGUUCCUCUCAUAGUUUUCUUAUUGAUGAGGAACUUUUGGGCAUUAGCAAAAUUGUGCCCUUUGAAUUAAGUUAAAAUGAAUUAAAUAAUCUUUUAUUAAAGCGAAUUCGCAUCAUAUUUUAAAUGCGCGGUAUUAAUAAAAAUAGGUUCGUCGAUCAAUAGGUGUUUUCAUAUUAUCCAAAUACACAAUUGGGCAAUUUGUAAA